UCCAGUUUUACGACAAAUUUCCACCGACUUCUUUUCUCUUCUAAUUAAUAUAAUAAUCCGCCGUCGUUUUCAUGUUUCUUUUCUUUAUAAAAGAAACGAUCCUAAAUGACUCCUUUUGUGGAGAUUUAAGAAUAUGGGAGACGAUGAUGAACAUAAUAGUAGCAGUACUGAUGAAGGAAGGAAAGAGAUGGAUAUUUACCCUUUAAGUUGUUACUAUUUUGGAUCUAAAGAAGCCAUUGUUUUCAAGGAUGAAACGGUGUCGGAUCGUAUUACUAGGAUGAAAUCCAAUUAUGCUGCUUAUGGAUUGAGGACAUCGGUAGAAGCUGUUCUUCUGGUGGAGUUGUUCAAACACCCUCAUUUGUUGCUGCUCCAACUUAAUAACUCCAUCUUUAAGCUUCCUGGUGGUCGUUUAAGGCCAGGUGAAACAGAUAUUGAUGGACUAAGACGUAAGCUUUCCAACAAGCUUUCCGCGAGCAGGGAUGGCAACGAAACAGAAUGGGAGGUGGGAGAGUGUCUAGGCAUGUGGUGGCGACAUGAUUUCGAAACACUGUUGUGUCCCUACUUACCACCCACCGUUAAAAAGCCCAAGGAGUGCACCAAACUCUUUCUUGUCCGGUUGCCGGAGAGUCGGAAAUUUAUCGUACCCGAAAACCUAAAAUUGCUUGCGGUUCCGUUGUCCCAGGUUCAUGAAAAUCACAAGACAUAUGGAACGGUAAUAUCAGGAGUGCCGCAAUUGCUGUCCAAAUACUCCAUCAACAUUAUUGAUAUUUAGAAUAUGAAUAUAUAGGUACAGCAACUGCUAUAAGUUUUUGUAAUUAUCAUGAAAAUACGAAAAACACUUGUGUUUGUGUAUAUAUAUAUAUAAAUAAUAGUUUAACUAAUUAAUUUGAAGUUUAAA